AUGGCCAGAGCCCUUGCUGGAAAAAGCAUUCAGGAUUUGCUCGACAAAUCUGUCGAUUCUGCUGUCAACUGCUUCACCUUAGAACGCCUGGGUGGUGGCGAUCAUUCGCGCGCAGCAAGCCUCCACCCACUUCCCGCGCCGCGUCCCCGCGCCCCCGACCCGCCUCCCGCCCCUGAGGCCCCGCCCCCGGCCCGGCCGGGUCCCGCCUCUCCUUCCCGAGAGGGCGGGGACCAGGCGGCGGCCGCAGCUGCAGGAAUAUGCUGGAAGCCCGAGGGCGGGCGAGGGGGCGGGCGCCCAGGAGGUGCUGAAGGGACAGUUCCCGCCGCCGAACUUGCCCCGCAGUGA